GACACCAGAUACAUCAAUGCCAGUUUAAUUCAGGCAAUACCACCGUUUGUUCGACGUCAGCAGAUAUCCUCAGUCGAACACGAUCAGCCCGCCUAUAUUGCUACCCAAGCCCCAUUGCCUGACACGAUCGGAGAUUUCUGGCGUCUUAUCUAUCAGGAAAAUGUGACAGUCAUCAUAAUGCUUGCACCGUCACUGGGAGAAAACCUACCAGAUUUCGAAGUCUAUUGGCCACCAACUGUUGACGAAUGUCGCUAUCACGCCUACGACACAAGCAGGCUUACGGUUACCCUGGUUGCGGAAACUGCUGAGUCCGGUUAUAUGCUACGGAAGUUCACAGUCACUUCGGCCAGUCCAAGUUCAGAGGUCGCACAAGUUUCUUUUGGGUGUAAAGUUGCGGAUCCAGCAGUCGGAUUCCAAUCGCCUCUGCGAUCGAUAAAAUCAAAGGAGGGGGGGCUGGAUGAGGGUCAGGUCAAUGGGUCACGGAAUCAGGUAAGUGACGUCAAUGUCAGACAGACUUGUGGGACCGGAUGUUUCGUAGGCCAGUUCAAGUUCAGCGGUCGGUGUAAAGUCACGGAUCCAGCAGUCGGAUUCCAAUCGCCUCUGCGAUCGAUAGUAGUCUGGAUCGUACCAGUCCUGACCGGUUCAGAGGUACCCGAUACGGGACUGUGUUUUCGCAUUCUGUCCGACAAAUGCCUUGUCUUACGACCAAUGUAUGAUGAUCGGCACGAGCGUACAGAUGAGUACGCACAAAAGCUGGUAGAGCUUGGAAAUUUGUCCUUCAAGCGGAAUUUGAUAUUGGACGAGAGUGAAGACCCGCUAGAGGUUACUCAGUUCCAGCUACUCAACUGGCCAGAACAUGGACUGCCCAAUAUACAAGAAUUUAGUGGGAUGCUGACCGCCUAUCGAAGAUUUAAGUAUUCCGAAACUGACCAGGAUGCUCCAACACUUGUUCACUGCAGUAAUGGUGCCGGACGUACGGGUGCAUUUAUUGCCGCCGACACUCUGAUGGAUCACUUAGAAGAAAGUGCCGAAUCCAUUGACCUCGCCAGUAUUGUUACGGAGUUGCGUGGCAUGCGAAUGAAUAUGGUGCAAAAGAAU